GGGCGCGCGGGGCGGCGGCGGCGGAGGCGGCGGAGGCGGGGUCUGCCCGGCCGGCGAGCGGGCUCGGCGCCCCGGGGACUCGGCGCCCGGGCAGCGCCGCUGCGGCCGCGUCUUACCGUGCAGUCCCACGCAGGAGCGGGUGGCUUAAGCCAUACUGUUUUGUAGAAUUAAUGGAGACCAGAAAAGAUAUGAGAAACCAAGAAGAACUUUGGAAAAUGAAACCUAGGAGAAAUCUAGAAGAAGAUGAUUAUUUGAGCAAGGACACAGGAGAGACCAGCAUGCUGAAAACACCCGUGCUUGUGCCCAUGCACCAAACAGCGCACGCUGAUGAAUUCGAUUGCCCCCCAGAACUGCAGCACACACAGGAGCUCUUUCCAAAAUGGCGCUUGCCAAUUAAAAUAGCCGCUGUCGCCUCGUCCCUGACGUUUCUCUACACGCUUCUGAGGGAAAUAAUUCACCCGUUAGUCACUUCCCACCAACAAUAUUUUUAUAAAAUUCCAAUCCUGGUCAUCAACAAAGUGCUGCCAGUGGUUUCCAUCACCCUCUUGGCACUGGUUUAUUUGCCGGGUGUGAUAGCAGCAGUGGUACAGCUUCAUAAUGGAACCAAGUAUAAGAAGUUCCCACCCUGGCUGGAUAGGUGGAUGUUAGCAAGAAAACAGCUUGGGCUCCUCAGUUUCUUUUUGGCUGUCCUGCAUGCGAUUUAUAGUUUAUCCUAUCCAAUGAGACGCUCCUACAGAUACAAGUUGCUAAAAUGGGCAUACGAGCAGGUCAAGCAAAACAAAGAGGAUGCCUGGAUUGAGCAUGAUGUUUGGAGAAUGGAGAUUUAUGUGUCCCUGGGAAUUGUGGGACUUGCAAUCCUGGCUCUUUUAGCGGUGACAUCUAUUCCAUCUGUGAGUGACUCUUUGACCUGGAGAGAAUUUCACUAUAUUCAGAGCAAGCUAGGAAUCGUUUCUCUUCUACUGGGCACAAUACAUGCACUGGUUUUUGCCUGGAAUAAAUGGGUAGAUAUCAAACAAUUUGUGUGGUACACGCCCCCGACAUUUAUGCUCGCUGUUUUCCUUCCCAUUGUUGUGCUGAUGUCUAAAGCCGUACUGCUUCUGCCAUGCUUGAGGAACAGGAUCCUGAAGAUCAGACAUGGUUGGGAAGAUGUCACCAAAAUUAACAAAACUGAGAUGUCUUCUCAGCUGUAGAAUUACUGUUUACACAGUUUUUUCCAUAUUGGUAUAUUUCAUCAUAAACAUUUCAAAGUUGUAUUUGUUAAUAAAAUGAUCACUUGAGGAUA